CCCCGGCCAAGCACACACGGGCUGGCCCGGACCGGCGCAGCGGGGAACGGCCAGUGGCUGCGCUGUAGUGGGCUGGUAGCUCACAUUUGAUGGAUCCCAGACCCGCUCAGAGCUGAGGCGCUCAGGUGACCUUUGAAGUCAAGGAUCUUGGAGCACCGUUUCCUCCCCUAGCAUGGGGCUUUCAUUCCUGGUUUGCCUCUCCCUGGGGUUCAUGCUCACUGGAGUUUCUUUCAGCACUUGGCAGUGCCCGCGGAUUCCCUAUAGUGCUACCAGGGACUUCACUGUCAAGUAUGAUCUGCCCAGCUUCACCGCGGAAGGCCCCAUCCAGAACAUUGUCACCUACAAGGAUCCGAGCGGAGCAGCUGCCCUCUUUGUGGCAGUGCGAAACAAGAUCUAUGUGGUGAGCCCGGCACUGGCAAACUCAUCAGUCAUCGUGACUGGCCCCGUGGGCAGUGCUCAGUGCGAGAUCUGUGCCCAGUGCCAGGAGCCAGGAGCCAGCCGGAAGCCUGAAGACACAGAUAAUGUGGUUCUGGUGAUGGACCCAUCUGAGCCAUGGCUAUACAGCUGUGGCACUUCCCAGCACGGCCGGUGCUUCCAGCACGAAUUGGAAAUCCAAGACAGCCUGGUGGUGGUUAGUGCCACCUACUGUUUGUAUGCAGCUCAGAACAGUCCUGAUGAGUGCCCAGACUGCGUGGCCAGCCCCCUGGGGACGAGGGUCCUGGUGACUGAAACCAGCCGUGUUUCUUACUUCUACAUUGCCUCUACCAUCAAUAGCAGCAUAGCUGCAAGGUACAGCCCGAAAUCGGUGUCUAUCCGGAGACCGAAGGCCACUUUGGAUGGGUUCUGUAUUUCCGAUUCCCUCAGUGUGCUUCCGGAGUUCCAGGACUCCUACCCCAUUGACUAUGUGUAUUCCUUCAAUGCCCAGGACUUUGUGUACUUCCUGACUGUCCAAAAGGAGAGCCCCAAAUCUGGAUCAUACCACACGCGGCUGGUGCGGCUGAAAGCCAAGGAGCACAACAUGGGUUGGUACCGCGAGCUGGUCCUGGAUUGCCGCUUCGAGUCCAAGCGCAGACGGAGGCGGAGCUCGGAUGGGGAGCACAAACACGAUGUGGCUUUCAACGUGCUGCAGGCAGCCCAUGUGGCCCGGCCGGGCCCAAAGCUGGCCCAGGAAAUCAGCGUCAACGACACUGACCUGGUCUUGUUUGGUGCGUUCGCUGAGAGUGAGGCAGAGAGCUCCGUGCCUCGCUGGUACUCGGCGGUGUGCGCCUUCCCCGUGCACCAGAUCAACCAGGCCAUCGAGGAUGGAAUGUCCAAGUGCUGUGGCAUUGCCCAGCGCGAGCUGCUGCGAGGGCUCAGCUUCUUUCAGGCCGUUGAGUACUGCCCCCACAACUUGAACCUCUCGUCUCCGGUGGUGGAUACCAGCUGCUGGAACAAGCCCACCUUGGUCACCACAGCCCCCUACAAGGUGGAUCUGUUCAAUGGGAACAUGGCCGGAGUCCUGCUCACCUCCAUCUUUGUGAUGGCCCAGGGCAAUGUGACGGUCGCCCACCUGGGCACGGCGGAGGGGCGCAUUAUGCAGGUGGUGCUUCAGCGAUCCAGCUCCUACACCGUCACCUUGGCCAAUUUCUCCCUGGGAAAGGAGCUGCCAGUGCUGCGGGAGGUUGGCCUGCUGCAAGACUCUCUGCUUUUCGCCACUGGAAACAAGGUGUCUCAAGUCGCCAUUACCGGCCCAGGCUGCCGCCACUUCCUGACGUGCCAGCGCUGCCUGCGGGCAGAGCGCUUCAUGCGGUGUGGCUGGUGUGGGGGCGUGUGCACUCGGCAGGUGGACUGCGCGGCACUAUGGACAGAGAAGAGCUGCCCUCCCAUCCUCACUGACUUCCACCCCCGAAGGGCCCCCUUGCAUGGCCGCACCCGGGUGACGCUCUGUGGGAUGGGCUUCCAGUCACGCAGGCACUUUGCCGCCGUUGGGUCUCCCGUGGCUGGCAGCACCUACCGGGUGACGGUGGGGCAGAGGAACUGCACCGUGCUGCCUGAAGAGAGCCUGGACAGGAGGCCCCCCAUGCUGGCCCCCACCAAAGCCGCUGUGGACGUGCUGGUGUGCGAGCUGGAGCUGAGCAGCGACCAUGUGGUGGCAGGGCCUGUCACGGUUCAGCUCACCAUCGAGGAGCAGACGAAGGACCCGCCCUUCCACGUCAGUGGCUCCUCAUCCCUCAGUGGCUUCAUCUUUGUGGUGCCGAAUGUCACUGCUGUCCACCCUGUGUACGGUCCGCUGGCCGGCGGGACCCAGCUCUCCAUCUGGGGCCGAAACCUGACUGUGGGAAGCAGCUGGAGGGUGACGCUCGGAGGGGCAGAGUGCCCCGUGGUGGGGCAGCAGAGCCCCACCGAGAUUCGCUGCACCAGCCCUGCAGCCAGCAACCUGGGUGAUGUCCCCGUGGCCCUGUGGAUAGACGGGGAGCAGUUCCCUGCCCCGGAGCCAUUCCAGUACCGCCAAGACCCUGUCCUCCAUGACAUCUCCCCCAACUGCACCUACGAGGGUUCGGCCCUCACCAUCCAUGGCACCAGCCUGGACUCCGUGUAUUACCCCAGAAUCCAGUUUGUGGACGCCAGCGUGGUGACGGAGGCCAAGGUGUGCACGGGGCUGCGCUCUUCCGAGCAGCUGGUGUGCCAGAGCCCAGCCUACCCCUUCGCUAACAGGGUGGAGAACGCCCAUGGCAACCUGACCGUGCUGCUGGAUGGCUCCCCUGGGCGCAGGGCUUUCCUCCUGCACUACUACCCCAAGCCUCAGAUCCUGUCCUUUGAGCACGACGACCACAAGUACCACCUCAAGUCUGGUGACGACGAGAUCGAGAUCCAUCAAAUCGGGUUGGACGCACUGGUGGGCUGCAUGAGCAUCACCGUGACUGUGGCGGGCCAGGACUGCCAUCCCAGCGUGCUAAAGAACGAAGUGACCUGCCGGAUCCCCAGGAACCUUAGCCUCCCCCCGGAUGGAGUCCCUGUGCAGAUCUGUGUGAAUGGUGCGUGCCAGUACCUGGGCUUGGUGGUGGCCACCAUUUCCCCAGACCCCCUGACGGGCAUCCUCUUGGCCAUCAUCACCACCUUCAUGUUCGGCUGCCUCCUGGCGUUCCUGGUGGUGAAAUACAGACGCAGGAAGGAGAUGGGGACCGAGAAUUUGGAGAUGAUGGUGAAUCCCAAUGGGAAUGCCCCCAGCUUUGCACCGCUCCCCUCCUUCAUGGACUACCGGGAUGUGCAGGCAGCCACUCCCAGUGGUGGCUUUGGCAGCAGGCGCUUCCGAGAUGCCUCCUACACGGGCAGUAGUGAUGGCUCUGCUGUGCCUCUUGUGAGGAUGCCGUCCUGCUGCGUCGAAAACCUCCGUCCUGAGCUGCUGGAGGAGGUGAAGGAUGUCCUGAUCCCAGAGGAGCGGCUGCUAACACACCGGGACCGGGUUAUCGGCAAAGGGCAUUUCGGGAGCGUGUACCACGGCACAUACAGAGAUCUGUCAGAGAGGGAGAUCCACUGCGCUGUCAAAUCCCUGAACCGAAUCACCGACGUGGAGGAGGUGGAGGAGUUCCUGAAGGAGGGGAUUCUCAUGAAGAGCUUCCAUCACCCCCAUGUCCUGUCGCUGGUGGGUGUCUGCCUGCCACGCCAGGGAUUGCCCCUGGUCGUGCUGCCCUACAUGAAGCACGGAGACCUCCGACACUUCAUCCGCUCCAAGGAACGGAACCCGACGGUGAAGGACCUGAUAGGCUUCGGGCUGCAGGUGGCGCAGGGCAUGGACUAUCUGGCCCACAUGAAAUUUGUGCACAGGGACCUGGCCGCCAGGAACUGCAUGUUGGACCAGACAUUCACAGUGAAGGUGGCGGAUUUCGGCCUGGCCCGGGACGUCUUUGAUAGGGAGUAUUACAGUAUCCGGCAGCACCGCCAGGCCAAGCUGCCCGUCAAGUGGAUGGCGCUCGAGAGCCUGCAGAUCCAGAAAUUCACCACCAAGUCGGACGUGUGGUCCUUCGGAGUCCUCCUGUGGGAGCUGCUGACACGUGGGGCCCCACCGUACCCCGAGGUGGAUCCCUACGACAUAACGCACUACCUGCUGAGUGGCCGGCGCCUGCCGCAGCCUGAGUACUGCCCGAACUCGCUGUACGCAGUGAUGCUGAGCUGCUGGGCUCCGAGCCCCGAGGAGCGCCCCACCUUCUCCACCCUGAUCGGGGAGGUGGAGUGCAUCAUGGCCUCCCUGAAGGGCGAGCGCUACAUCAACCUGAACAUCACCUAUGUCAACCUGGAGCCUGGCCUGUCCAGCCCGUCAGUGCCUGGUUCCGAGGACGAGCUGGCCUCUAGUGGGGAGGAGGGUGAAGCAGCUGCCGCGUGCUAGGGGGUGCUAUCCACCCGUGUGGCACCAGGAACGCAGUCAGAACUGGCCAGGGAGACCUGGGCUGGGCAGCAUGUCAGGGGGCUGUGGCGACAUGAUGGGAGGCGGCACCAGCACCCAGCUGGGCUCCCAUUGGCAUUGCCUGCUUGGCGUGUUGGGACAGGGAUGCUGACCACUACCUGAUAUUCUACCUGAUAUUUAUUGUGUAGCGAAGAGACACAGCAACUAUUUUAAUACAAAGGAACUGUC